AAAGCAAGUUCCUGCUCUCCUCCCCUGAUCUGUGUGUCGUGGGGCUGCAGGAGGACUGAGCCCCACUCUGGUCUUGUACAGUUUCUCUCUCCUCCCCUGAUCUGUGUGUCGAGGGACAACACUUCAGUGGGGUCAAUGAAGUGGGCCCCCUAUAUGAAAGAAUAGCUCUGGACUUUAUAGAUUUUUGUCUACGAGAGGAAAGGUUUGCGUAUGUGAAACAUGGGUUUCUGGGCGAUGCUUGACCGAAGCCCUGGAGCUGUGUUUGUAGUCUGCCGAGCUCUUGAAGACUACAGUUCCCAGAAUGCCGUGAACGUCCUUCCCAUCCCCUGCUGUGCAGGUUCAUUCGCCGGCUCCUCGGCGCUGCGCUGGAAACACUGCCAUUCCCAUCCACAGCGAGUAGAGGAAAGGGUCGGGAGUGGGGGGGGAGACCACGGCACAAAUUCUUGGAAAAGUACAAAAUCUCCCACUACCCCGUGUGGAACUCGGAGCUCCGGCUUUGCGUCUCCCGGGACGGAGGAGAGUUUUUCCGCCCGGUUUUCCCUAAAAUCAGGAGAUACAAAGAAACUUCCACGCGGGGAUUGGUGAUUUCAGGAUGUUGGUCUGAGACAAAGGGUCCGGCGCUGCGGUUGUCUGGCUGGGGAAGAAGGGGUUCACCGGCCGUCCUUUUCCCCCGGGCUGGAUGGGAAGGAUGGAGACGGAAGGGCAGUGGUGGAAAGGGCAGCUGGCGGCGGACAUCCAUCAGGCUCUCCGCAUCAAGGAGCUGAAACUGCCGGCGUACCGAGCCCACUCCCCGCAGAUCGGGAUGCGGCGCUACUUCGCCGACCUGCUGGCCAUCCUCAGCAACCGCUACCAGCUGUGCCCCACGGCGCGCCACCUGGCCGUCUACCUGCUGGACCUGUUCAUGGACCACUACGACGUGGCGGUCAAGCAGCUGUACGUCAUCGCGCUGUCCUGCCUGCUCCUCGCCAGUAAAUUCGAGGAGAAGGAGGACCGCGUGCCCAAGCUGGAGCAGCUGAACGCGCUGGGCUUCAUGUGCAGCCUGAACCUGGUGCUGACCAAGCGCGACCUCCUCAAGAUGGAGCUGCUGCUGCUGGAGACCUUCAACUGGAACCUGUGCAUGCCCACCGCCGCCCACUUCAUCGACUACUACCUCCACGCCGCCAUCCAGGACAGCGACCUGCACAACGGCUGGCCGCUCUCCUCCCUCCCCAAGACCCGGGCCUUCAUGGAGAAGUACACACACUACUUCCUGGAGGUCUCCCUGCAAGGUAGGAGGGCCAGAGCAGGGCCCGCACGGAACUGGUCUCUAGGAAGAGUUGUGGAGGCACUGGGCUGUGUCUUCACAGCACAGGAGUACCCGCUGCCGGGGCCCGUCUCCAUGCAGGUCGCCAUCGCGGCCGAGCCGCGCCACUGCCUGUCCGUGGCCUACGGCGGCGGCUACCUGGGCGCGACCCCGUCCUUCGCCGCCGGCUGCUUCGACAGGUGACGCCAGGAGAAGGGGGGGGCGCGGAAACGGAAGCGGCCCCCUCCCCGGGCCCGGGGCACGACCCGCCAGCCGGUUUCCGCGGCCGGAGCCGAGGCAGUCAUCGUUCUGACGUAGCGCCCGGCGAGCCGUUCACGUCUGGCUCCUGUACUGGUGGGAGUGGGAGUGGGGGGGGGGCAUCAUCCUCCGUGCUUGUUGGGAUAUCGGCGGAGGGCAACUCGGACACUCAGUUACCCCAGGUGGCAGAGUGCUCACACCCCCGCCCUCUCUUGGUGCAAAUCCUUCCGCUGGAGAAUCGACUCCCUGCAGUGGUGGUGAACUGAAGGGCCGAGGGUCUGUGGCCUGGUGGGGGGGUCUCCAGAGUGCUACAGCUCUCUUUCAGCUGUGGGGGAAGCCCUGGAGCAGCCGUCUGUUCUGUUCGUCCGGAGCAGGAGGCGGGCCUGACUGGGGAAGUACCCCCUCCUCAUGGUCUGGCCUGGAUUUCCUGGCGUUGGGAACAUCUUAUGGGGGGGAAAGGAUUCCUGCUGAAGCUGUUUCGGGGUUUUUAGGCUACUGAUUGAAGGGAUCUGUAAACUCUGCCGGUUUGUGACCCCCUGACCUGCAUUUGGCUCAGAAGCCGGGUCCUGUACCCCCUCUCCACCUAUGUGCUGCUGUGAACACCCCCAAACUACCCCAGAAGGUCGUCCUGCUGGAGGGGCAAGUGCUGUUGUUUUUAUUGAGGGUUUAACUGGAGACCCUGAUUUUGUUGGAGUGUGUGUGUGGAGGGGGGGGUUUAAUUCAAAACAGUUGUUCCCAACCCCCGCCCCGCCGGUAAUGCCCAGUCUCUUACUCGCACUGAUCCAAAAAUGAGACUUAAAAACAAAAUAAAUCAACAAUAAUACCUCAGGGAGCAAAACUGUUCGAAGAUCGAUUUCGCACUAAGGCGACGAAAACGAAACUCCGCCCGGCUCCUCCGCCCACACGGAGGCGGAGGAACUGCGGGACGUUUCUGGGCGAAGACGAGCGAGGGGCGGUUUGAACUUUUCAGAACCCCUCGGCAUUGAGGUUCCGUGAGUGUGUGGACGCGAAAACAGGCCUGUGGACGUGGUAACGUUUUCAUCUUCUGGGUUCGCCCCCACCCCCCGCGCUCCCGUUUUAUUUCAGGAGGAAUACGGAAAUAACCGGGACCACACAGACUCUCUGUCCCGGGAAAGGUUCAAAGACUCUUCAACUCGAUGCCUUAAGGACUGUCAGGGAGCGAAGGGGCGGAAGCUUGCUUUCUUUGAAGAUCUAAAAAAAAACUGAAAUGGAUAUUUUGAGGAGUCUCUUUUUUACAAAAUAUUAUUGUACUUUUUACAAAUCCCGUGCUGCUUGCUGCCUUAUGAUUGAACUGAACGGUUUAUUACUGUGACUGUUUUCUCUAUUGUUGUUUACAGAACCUCGCUGUAUCAGGGACCUAACAUGUUACUUGAACACAAUGCCAUUUAAACUUUAGCCGUUAUUUAUAAUGUUA